AUGAAUAAAACAGGAGCUGAGGACUUGGGGGAUUUCUAUCCAAUCCGACCUGAGUGCCAAGCUGAUACUCCCAAGCCCCGUUUCAAGCCCAGGGCUGGGAAAACUCUUAGUGAAAGAAGGUGGAAUGCUGCGUUCUCUGAAGAUGGUCAUUUGAAUAUUGAAAAGGUGCUUAGACGGAUUCAGCGGGGGGGUGUUCAUCCUUCAAUUAAAGGGUCAGUAUGGGAAUUCUUGUUAGGAUGCUUUGAUCCCAACAGCACCUAUGAUGAACGGAAUCAGCUCAGGCAACAUAGGAGGGAGCAGUACAGCAGGUGGAAAGCUGAGUGUCAAUACAUGGUUCCAGUUAUUGGUAGCGGAAAGCUUAUUACAACGCCCAUAAUUACUGAUCAUGGUCAACCAGUAAUUGAUUAUUCAAUAACUGAUGAUAAAGGCCAACAAGUAAACAGUUCUUUUUCAGACAAGAGAUCAAUUCAAUGGAUGCUUGCCUUGCCUCAAAUUGGUUUGGAUGUUGUUCGCACAGACCGAGCUCUUUCCUUUUAUGAGAGUGAAAAAAAUCAGGCUAAACUUUGGGAUAUUCUUGCCGUUUAUGCCUGGGUGGAUAAUGAUAUUAGUUAUGUCCAAGGAAUGAAUGAUAUUUGCUCUCCAAUGAUAAUUCUUCUUGAAAAUGAAGCAGAUGCCUUUUGGUGUUUUGAGCAUGCAAUGCGGAGACUGAGAGAAAACUUCAGGUCCAGUGCAAGUUCAAUGGGGGUGCAAACUCAGCUGAGUACACUUUCACAAGUAAUUAAAAUAGUUGAUCCGAAGCUUCAUCAACACCUUGAGGAUGUAGAUGGUGGCGAAUAUUUAUUUGCAUUUCGCAUGUUGAUGGUUCUCUUUCGAAGAGAAUUCUCCUUUGCGGAUGCUCUGUACCUUUGGGAGCUGAUGUGGGCCAUGGAGUACAAUCCAAACAUUUUCUCUUUAUAUGAGAAGCCUAUUGCAGAGUCUGAUAAGAGUGCUGCACCUAUGUUGAAUAAUAAGCUGCUAAAGCAGUGUGGCAAGUUUGAGAGGAAAAAAGUGAAGACUGGAUGUAAGGACCAAGAGAGUGCACUUGCUGUUUUUCUUGUUGCCAGUGUUCUUGAGGCCAAGAACAAGAGAAUUCUGAAAGAGGCCAAGGGUCUAGAUGAUGUCGUCCAGAUAUUGAACGAUAUUACUGGAAAUAUGGAUGCUAGAAAGGUAUGCAAAGAGGCAUUGAAGAUUUAUAAAAAGUACCUGAGCAAGUUCUGGAACGCAGUCGUUUCAAGUCUUUCCACAUUGGCAGAUUCUGACCUCGACCUCUCUUUCACAGCUAAUAAGUAUAGUGUAAGAAUGGAGGGAAAUGUAAUUGCUGCAGCCUUGGAAAAGAUUGAGCACGUCAAGUCUCCAGAGGGAGAAGUGCUUACCAUGCCUUUCUUGGAUCUGUGCAAAACAGUACUGCCUGUUUUAGACAACUUUGGACCAGCCAUGGCACCUGCAAAAUCUGAUAUUGGUGGUAACAUAUCGAGGCUGGAGAAUAUGUAUUUGUCCAACCAAUCAGAAUUCAAUCACUUGUACAUGAUAGUGAGGUCAGAAAUUGAAUCUAAAAAGGCUAAAUCUUCAUCCAGUUGCACAAAUGCCUUACUUUGGCUGACAAGGGCCAUGGAUUUCUUGUCAGAACUGUUCUGCAACUUAUUGGCGCAUCCGGACUGGAGCAUGUCACAUGUUGCCUUGAAGUUGGCUCCGGAUAGGAAGAAAUUUAUGAGUGUAGUAGGUGUCAAAGGAGAUGAUGUUUCUGAUAUGGAAAAAUUCAGUGGAAGGUUCUCGCCUUUAUUAGAAGAGAAUCACAAGUUCUUGGCUAGUGUUGGAAUGGACAACUUGAAAGCUUGA